UUUGAAAUGAAGCCAUAGUUUAUUCAAAUUUUUCAACUAUGCUUUUAUUGCAUGUUUGAUAUCGCUUAAGAGAAAAAGAAAACGGAAUAUGUUUAACAAGGUCAUGUUUGUCCCAGAAAAAAAUUCUUUCUGUUUUUCGGUAAUGCUAAAUCUUCCUAUCUAUGGAAGCAUACAUAGCAAACAUAUGGCUCGUUCGUUCCUGGUAUUUGAAAUGUAAUUCUACAUGACGCAGAAUAUUAUAUUUUGUACUGGUUGUUUUUGUACCAUAUUCAGUGACCUGGUGCACCGGCAAUCAUUUUAAGCUAAAUGUAGCUAAAUUAAGCCGUAAUUGCCGGUAUGUACGUCAUUGUAUGCCAGUAUGUGCAGAAUUUGCGCAACAACUUGCAGCCUGUCCCGGGCAAUACCCUGCUGUUAUUCGCUCUUUCUGCUCAUGCGUCUUCCAUGCGCAUGUGUGAUCUUACUAGAUUGACAUCACUGGCAUAAUGCGAACACUAUUUAAUUUAGAAUUUGACAGCGUUUCGACAGGAAGCCAUUCUUGCUCUCUUGUUCGCUUGUAUUGAAGCAGUCUUUUAGACCAUUGAUUACUGACUGUACUACUGACUGACGGUUAAAGAUACUUGACUGUAUCUGAGGAGAAGAAUGAUUCGUCUGAUAUCUUGGCCUUGCCUUGGAAAUUGCCAGAAAAAACAUUUGAAUUUCCAAUUUCUGAGGUUACGGAGAUUUUCUUCCGUGAAGGAGAAAAAAUUCUUUUGUGAGAAAUUAAAGGAGGGGAAGAAAGAAACCAGCUGAUAUCAUUUGUGCGAGUAGAAGUUGGGCAAAUCCGAUUUCCUCCUUUCCCGAAAGAUUCGCGGUAAGCAGAUGGAACUUAUACAACAAAUCUCUAGAUAAUCUGCGUUCUUCGAUCUCGAGAUCACACCAGUGCCCUGGAGUGAAAUCUCGAGAUAGGAUUUGAUAUUACUUCAGUCUGAAACUUGAUCGAGAUGAAAAAUCUGCCCCAAAGAGUGAAUUAGAACAGACUUGAAAGACUAUUGACAUUUGGACAAGCAUUGAUUGAUAAGAUGACUGAUCUUACAGACUUAAUUCUCUGUUGAAUAAAACAUAUACUGACAUUCAUUCCAAAACAUGGGGGCCGGAAUUUGCACAAAUUCCGAUCACCGCAGUCAAAUUGCAAAAAUAUGUUUUGUCUUCAAAGUACUAAUUUUCUUUCUACAGCUGAUAGUUUCCUCGCCAAUAUUAUAUUCAGCGCCUGAAGACUGUAAAUGGACACUCAUCAGCGGCAGUGAUGUCUCGUUAACUUGCCACUUAAAAAGUAUUGUUGCCUCCGGUAUACUGGCAACUAACUUCAGUGUGAUACAAAGUGAGCAUACUACAGCUCUUAAUAUUAUAUGCGAUUCUUCGUUCUUUGAAAGUACUCUUGCCCCAAUGGCUAUGUCACAUCUACGAUAUCUCAAAGCUUUGCGUAUACAUCAGUGCAAGUUGAGGGAACUGUCUGCGGAUGCUUUUGCUGAGUUAAACGAUUUGAGGAACCUUUCUCUACGGACAAUGAAUGACGAGUGGGGCGAAUUCCCUUUGUCCCUACACAAUGAAGUAUUUGCAAAAUUGCAUCAGUUAGAAACUCUUGAUUUAGGCCAUAACAAACUAGAAAGACUAACUGAUGAAAUGAUAUGCCAUCUUGGAUCUCUGAAAGUUUUAAACUUAACUCAUAAUAAUUUGAAUGCUGUAAUUGCUUUCUCAGAUGAAACCAAUCAUAAUUUACAUAAGCACUGCUUGGAAAGUCUUUCAGAACUCGAUUUGUCUUAUAAUUUGAUAUCUAUUGUGACAAAAAGAGAUCUCGCAAGAUUUAUGAACUUGCGCCUUCUUAAUCUUGCGCACAAUGCCAUUUUUGACCUGGAUUCUUCAGUCUUCGCCAGUUUUGCUAAAUUGCAAGUAGUUGACCUAUCAAAUAAUGAACUUAUCACCCUUCCAGCAAGGUUGUUUCAAGAUUCACCUGACAUUCGAGAGCUAUACUUGAACAAUAACUCAAUAAUAAGCAUACCAUCCGAUUUGUUUAAUGGCUUACAACAACUUGUGAUUUUGAAUUUAAGCUUCAACAAGAUUUCUAGCUUUUCCUUUGGCCCGGAGACAUUUGUCGACUUAAUUCGUUUGGUGAUUCUGGAUCUGAGCAGAAAUAAAUUAAGCUUCAUCAACAAUACUUUAUUCCAGUCGCAAUAUUCUCUUCAGAUGCUCUUCCUUUCUCAUAACGACAUUGACAUUAUAGCUGAAAAUUCGUUUUCGUCUCUUUACAACCUAUAUACUCUGGAUUUAAGCCAUAACAAGCUGAAAUAUUUGGAUAUAUUUACACUAAACGGGCUGUAUGUUCUAAGUGAUCUAAAGCUGUCCCAUAACAGCAUUUACAGUAUGCAUUCUGAUGCAUUUAAAAAUUGCAGCAGCGUGGAAGAUCUGACUCUCCAAGGAAAUAAUUUAAGCCACGUUCCAACUGCUUUGAAAUCUCUGCAAUUUCUGAAAACUCUGAAUCUCAACAACAACAUCAUCGGCAGCCUCAAUAAUUCAUCGUUCCAAGACCUGAAACAACUUCGUCAUCUAAGUCUUUCGCAAAAUCAAAUCAGAAAUUUAACAAAAUACGCUUUCAAGCACCUGGUUGCUUUGAAAGCUUUAGAUUUAUCGAAAAAUAACAUUCACAUGUUGGAACAUGGUAUUUUCGACGAAGGAGAAGCCUUGAAUAUUAUUGAUUUGAGUGAUAACUAUCUUUCUGAUAUCAAUGGAUUAUUCAUGAAUUUGAAAAGUCUGAUGUUCCUCAAUGUUUCCCGGAAUAAAAUUCAAUGGUUUGAUUACGCCGUAAUACCAACGGAGCUUGAAGAACUUGACCUUCACAGCAAUGAAAUCGGAAUGUUAAGUAACUAUUAUGAAUUGGAAGACACCCUUCAGUUGCACACUAUAGAUGUCUCUUUUAAUUUCAUAUCUGAAAUAAACGCCGCUUCGUUUCCUAAUCACAUAAAACAAAUAAAGAUAAACAACAAUCGUAUAAGUAUUGUAAACCCUUUUACAUUUUUAGCCAAAACCAACCUGACUUACGUUAAUAUGGCUAACAAUAAUAUUGAAACUUUGGACAUUAACACGUUCAGACUGAAUCCAGUUGUUUUGAAAAAACCAUUACCAGAAUUUGCUAUUUCAGCAAAUCCUUUCUUUUGCGAUUGUAACAUGGAAUGGCUGCAACACAUGAAUAAGCUUGACGGAACUGUUCAAUAUCCGCAUAUUAUAGAUUUGAAUGAUGUAAUUUGCAAGUUAUCAUUUAUUAGAUACGGCACGUACUUGCCACUAUCGAUGUCCAAAUCGUCAGAUUUUCUCUGCAAAUAUAAUAGUCAUUGUUUUGCGUUGUGCCACUGUUGCGAAUUUGACGCUUGUGACUGCGAAAUGGUUUGCCCAGACAACUGUACAUGCUAUUCGGAUCAAACAUGGAAUACAAAUAUCGUCGAUUGCAGUUCCCAGAAUUUUACUUCCAUGCCAUCUGUUAUACCAAUGGAUGUGACGGAUCUGUAUUUGGAUGGAAAUAACAUAUACCAGUUAACUAGUCAUACACUAAUAGGUCGUAAAAAUAUGCGGAUUAUAUACUUGAAUAACAGCAACAUUCACGUGAUUAAUAAUCGAACUUUUAACGGCUUAUUAAUACUCAGAGCUCUGCAUUUGGAAAAUAACCAAAUAAAAAUUCUGAACGGAUACGAAUUUGAAACGCUGGUUCACCUAGAAGAGCUGUAUCUUUCUAAUAAUAAAAUAAGUUAUAUUGCGAAUACUACAUUUCAAAACUUGAAGUCUUUGGCUAUUUUGAAUUUGGACCACAAUUUCAUCAAAGAAUUUCAAGUUUGGAACUUCAAAUGGAAUCCACAUCUCACAAGUGUCCAGUUGGGUCACAAUCCCUGGAUAUGCGAUUGCGAUUAUUUAGAGUCUUACCACGAAUGGCUCCGGAGUGCCUCGUCUGUAGUUCAAGACCUUGGAUCCAUUCAAUGCCGUUCUAACCAUUCAGCCGGCCCAUAUUUGAUUGAAUUUAACAUGUCUUCUUGUUCGAAUUACAGCUCAGUUACUUACUUCCAAGCUGUAUUUAAAACGGAUCAUGUUGCUCUUGUUGUCAUAAUAUCAGUUCUCUUUCUGUUGCUGCUGGUAAUUACUAUUCUUAUAUGCAUUUAUCGCCGAGAGCUGAGCAUUUGGGUGUACACCAAGUACGGCAUAAAGAUUUUCAAGAGAAAUGGAUUUCCACAUCAAGACGAAAAACUGUUUGAUGCUUUUAUAUCUUACAGCACCAAAGAUGAGAAUUUUGUGAAGCAGACUCUUCUUCAAGAAUUGGAAUUAGGUAUUCCAAGUUACCGUAUUUGUCUGCGACACCGUGACCUGCAUCGUGAGCAUCUGUGCCCAGACGCUCAUCUAAGGGAAUAUGUAUCAGUCAGUCACAGAACUAUUAUUAUCUUGACGGAACAAUACUUAAAGUGUGAGUCUUGCCACCGAGACUUAAAAAUCGCUCACGAGGAAUUGCAGGAUAGCAGUAAGCACAGGCUGAUAAUUCUUGUCAUAGACCCAUUGUCCUUUAAAGAUAUACCGCCUGACGCAAAAUUGUGCUUUCGAAAAGCACCAAUUAUUCGUUGGGGAGAAAAGAGAUUUUGGGAGAAACUGAAAUAUAUAAUGCCUCACAAAAAUAUAAAUCCAAGAGUGAAGUAUUCUCAUGGAACUAUUCCCCCCUACAGCAAUGUUAAAUUAGUGUAAUUAUUAAUGGAUUCUGGUCUUAUAACCAAGGAGUCCAAAUGCUUCUCAAAAAGAAAUUUAACUCUCCCUUUUUGAAGGUAAAGUCUAUAAUUGUUCCUAAAUGUACUGUCUUUCGAUAAUAUCUGCCUAUUAUUAAGGCAUUCCUUUUCGUUCAGGAAAAGUUUUCACUUUAUUGUUCUGGACAAGAACGUAUAAUUUAAAACAUUUUUCCCCUUCUAUUUAUUGUUUUCCAUUUAUUGGAUUGUGUAAAAUUCAAAAAUAUGUAUAGCCAGACAGAAAUUUCAAUGAGCUUUCACGAACAAUAACUUGAUGAACAUUUUAAAUCAAUCUCAAAAGCCAAUAAUUUAAAACGGGCCAAAAUGAUUUUGAUUUUCACUUCUCACCUGUUUAUUAAUACCCCUGAUGACGAACUUGAAACUAAAUUCUUAAUACUUCAGAAAAUACUUCCUAAUGGAGUGACUGGAUUAUUUUUUUGCAGAAAUUGCAUGAAUAGACUUAGUAACUGCUAUUAGAUGUUUCGAUGUUUGAUAUUCAUGCUUAUAUGUAUAUAUUCCAAGGUGACAUUGUAAAUGUGCUCUGUGUAUAUUUUUGUUUCCAUUCACAUUUAUACAGAAGACGAAUCUCUGGACGAGAACUGUACUGUGAAUUUGCAUUUUUUGUUGAUUCGCAUGCCAUUGUUUUUGUCAUGCUUUUAUCCAAAAAGUGUCUCCUGCAGAAUGUGGCGAUCUAGAAUCCUGUUGUGCAUGAACAGGCAGGAGAAUGCUUGGAUAGAUUUUGGAGGUUGAUGUUUUCUUGAUGUUGAUUUCUUUUUCUCGCAUGAUGUUGAGCCUGGAUUGGACGAUAAAGUGUUUCUGAUCACGUAUUUAUUGGGAAUGAUGAGGAGAAGUUUAGGACUGACAAGCUUGAAACUUUUGUAAAUAUAUUAAUGUUUUAUAUAUGUUUUUUCUGUAUAUAUAUAUAUUAAGAUGUGAAUUUUCAAGCUUCAUUACAAAAGUCUAUAGCGAAACAUGAAACCGAAAUACCAAGCUUGACCCUGCACUCCAGAUUAGAUAUACAUAAAUUAUCUGGGAACAUUUCUAAUUUGUUGAUUAAUAUUUUGUCUAUCCUUUAAUAGUUCUUUUAAUAGGCUGUCUAUUUUUUUAUUGUAAUUUUAUUCGAACUAUUUAUUAUCAUUAUUUAUUUCCCAUUGUUUUUUUUUUUUUUUUUUUUUUUUUUUUUUUUUUUUUUUUUUUUUUACUAAAGGGGGGGAUAUCGAAUGUCCCUUUCGAAGAGUUGAUUAUAAAAAUAUUUGUUCUUUUGUGAAAUAUUUGGGAAGAAAUGAGUUUCAAUUUUUGAAUAUCCUACCCAGUUGUUCUUUAAAAAAUAAAUCAAAUUGAUUAUUUCUGAUUGAUGAAAAAUAUUAUUCGCGAUUGAAUUAUUUUUAUUUUUACUCCUUAAAAAAAUAUGUGCAUCCUGUAGAAUAUUAGGUUCGGAAUGCAUGGAAUGCACCUGAUAGUUUCAAUUUUUGAAUAUCCUACUCAGUUGUUCUUUAAAAAAUAAAUCAAAUUGAUUAUUUAUGAUUGACGAAAAAUAUUAUUCGCGAUUGAAUUAUUUUUAUUUUUACUCCUUAAAAAAAUAUGUGCAUCCUGUAGAAUAUUAGGUUCGGAAUGCAUGGAAUGCACCUGAUCGUUUCAAUUUUUGAAUAUCCUACUCAGUUGUUCUUUAAAAAAUAAAUGAAAUUGAUUAUUUAUGAUUGAUGAUAAAUAUUAUUCGCGAUUGAAUUAUUUUUAUUUUUACUCCUUAAAAAAUAUGUGCAUCCUGUAGAAUAUUAGGUUCGGAAUUCAUGGAAUGCACCUGAUAGUUUUUGUAUGAAAUGCACCUGAUAGUUUUUAUGUAUAUUUAAUCUGAUCAAAAGAAAUGGAGCUUGGAUCGUCUGUGCCACAUAACUGUGAUCUACAGGAAUCCUGCCCAAGAGAAUGUAAAUGUGGUGCUAGUUUCGGGUAUUGUCCUACCAAACAUGCUGUUUUCGAAAACAUUCUGAUAUCUGUGAUAAUACGUUUUCUUAUGCUGUCAAUUAUAAUAAAGUAGAUGUUGUGAA